GCGGUUACGAAAGCGCGACCCCCGCCCCGGAGCUAUAAAGCGCGGGCCGGCCGGCGGGCGGGCGCUCGCCUCGCUGCUUCUCGCGCGCCCGGACGCGGACGCGGACGCGGCGGCCCGGCUAGCGCGUCUCCGUGGGCGGACUCCCGGCGACAUGCGGUGGGUGUGGGCGCUCGUGCUGCUGGCGGCCGCGGGCGGCGGGCGCGCGGAGCGCGACUGCAGGGUGAGCAGCUUCCGAGUCAAGGAGAACUUCGACAAGGCUCGGUUCGCCGGCACCUGGUACGCUAUAGCCAAGAAGGACCCCGAGGGUCUCUUUCUGCAAGACAACAUCGUCGCAGAGUUCUCGGUGGACGAGAAAGGCCACAUGAGCGCCACGGCCCUUGGCCGAGUGCGGCUGCUGAGUAACUGGGAGGUGUGCGCAGACAUGGUGGGCACCUUCACAGACACCGAAGACCCGGCCAAGUUCAAGAUGAAGUACUGGGGCGUAGCCUCCUUCCUGCAGAAAGGAAAUGAUGACCACUGGAUCAUCGACACGGAUUAUGACACAUUUGCUCUGCAGUACUCCUGCCGCCUGCUCAAUCUCGAUGGCACCUGUGCAGACAGCUACUCCUUUGUGUUCUCCCGUGACCCUAACGGCCUGACCCCGGAAGCUCGGAAGCUGGUGCGCCAGCGGCAGGAGGAGCUGUGCCUGGACAGGCAGUACCGGAGGAUCGAACACAAUGGAUACUGUCAAAGCACAUCAGGAAGAAACUUUUUGUAGCACCAUCAAGCAUGUAAAGUUUCAUUAGAAAAACUUCCACCUAACUCUCAGUCUUCAUCUCUAUUUAUCUCAAGAAUUUAGUGCCCCACCCCCGCUCCAGGUGAACAUAAAACCCUCAGUACACAUUAAAUGUAUGUGGGAAGCAGAGAAUCUGUUCACAUCAAAGGUGUGAUUUCUGAAGUUUUCAGAGAGAUCAUUUGAGGGUUGGAAUUCCAAACUUUGAUUUAUUAAAAUAUACUCACCAGCUUUC